ACAGCAUACCUGCUGCGUGAGAGGUGCUGGGGAAGCAGAGAGUCAAGAUGGUCUUGCUGGAUUCGGCAGAUUCCUUCUUCGUUGAGUUGGAGCAGAUGUUUGCGCUGUGCAAACAACGAGGGGCAGGAACAGUCUACACGACACUGAAGAAAGUAGAGGCUGGGAACAAGCAACAGCUCAAGAAGGCAAGCAAGGAGACAGGGGGGGGGCGAAAAUCGGCGGGGCCCGGAGGAAGGAGAGAAGGAUGGCUUGCUCGCGCCAAGAUAUCGAACCAAAAAGCCCGCAAGAUAUCCGUACUGGUGUCAGACGCAGAGGUAGCUCAGUGCCGGGAUCGAUUAGAGGCAGUAAAGAAGGCAAUGCCUGUAUGUACGAUAGCGGGGGGCACCAAGAAGCGCGGGCGAAAGCCAACGGGCAAUGGGGCGGCAGGGGCAACAGGUUCCCAGAACGGCAAGAGGCCUAAGGGGGGCACCGUGGGUUCGAGUGCAACAUGACACCAUGGGCACCUGGAUAAUUAGUGUGUACAACUGGGUGGUGGUAUGUCUUUUCGUCAUGGGGUUAUUUUUCGCAGCUCGCUGUGAGGGGCGGCGGCGCUACCAGCGUACGUGGCACAAGCGCUGAAAUGAGAAAGAUGGCAAGAAACACGUGGAGAUUUCGCUCUCGUACGUUGAUGGUGUAAGGAUGGGAUGAUUUCUCGUGGGUAUAAAGACGUGUUCGUAGCAGGUGUGUACCAACACAUGCCUGACGGGUACAUGUAUGGUAAUAAAACAAAAGCAGAACAACCUGAUCGCCCUGUCAAUGUGUUGUUUCAUUCUGAGACUUCGCAGGCAAAAAGGUUGUUGGUUGCACCAUUACCGAUUGUACCAUGGUGCACCCGUGGCCUGUCUGCAGGCAGCACCCCUUGUCAUUAGACUCGACGACUCGUUUGGUAUUCUACCAUCCGCCCAGCCUCCUGUUUUUGCCCUCGACGUGUGCUUUUACAACCAUACGUGUAAUUUCUUUGGCAACCCGCGGGAAGCCCGUCUUUUGUUCGUUGUUCGUGCAUAGUAUACGUUCAAUGUGGUCAGGCAUUUUUCCGAGUUUGAUCAACCAGGGCAUUAGUUUGCGGUGCUGCCACGUCUCUUUUCUUUUUCGGGACGCAUAGAAGAGACCUUGAGCCUCCAUCUUGUGGGGCCGCCCUCUGCUUUGCCUUGUUUUUUUUUUUUGGGCUGCCCGUCCCGCGUUUGCAUCAUCUGUAUACUGG